AGAGAAAGCUCUCCGAAGUCCGAAAAUAAUUUGUUGUUCGGUCGUGCAGUUGGCUCUAUGAGCUUUGUUUAUAUCUCUCGAUUCUUUUCUCGCGGGUGCCAAGUUUCCUUUGUGUGCCGUUGUAUUUUUUUUUUAAUGCAACUUGUUUUCGUAGACGCUUCCUCGAUAGAAUAAUCGCAAUAUACAUCUGUGUGCGUGUGUGCGUCUAUCUAUAUCUAUCUAUCUAUCUCUGCGAAACGUUGAUCGUCGACAGUCGUCAGCUGCGGAAAAUGUGCUGGUCGAAUUGAAUUCAGGUGGUGCGAGGACAGCGGAGGAUGCUGGCCGGAGAAAUGAGAUGGUUCAAACGGCCGACGAGGUGACCCACGCUACUUGUUGACGUAAAGAGAAGAGACGAGAAAAAAAAACAGGAGAAGAAAUCAUGAACGGGAAGAGAAACAAAGCCGAGAAUCCGAGCCCGAAGCUCAAGGCUGGAAUCUUGAGCAAAUUGACUUUUUGGUGGCUGCUCGACCUGUUCUGGCUCGGUCGCAAUCACUCGCUGAGAGAGCAGGACCUGUACGACGUGCUGCCCGAGAACGUCAGCUCUCGUCUCGGCCGCAAGCUCGAGAAGUCCUGGCAGCGCGAGCUCCGUCGCGGCCUGAAAUCUCCGCGGUCUCCGCCCAGUCUGCGACGCGCCAUCUGGCGCUGCUUCGGCUGGACGUUCUGCAAGCACGGCGCCAACGUGCUGCUGCUCAACGUGGUCAAGUGUCUACAGCCGCUGGUGCUGGCCCGGCUCAUCUGGUACUUUCAGCCGCAGUCGCAGGCGACGAGCGACGAGGCCUAUCUCUGGGCCACGGGCCUCGUCGCAGUCACCCUGCUGCAGACCGUGAUAGUCCGGCAGGCCCAUCUGGGCCAGCAGGAGAUCGGCAUGCGCGUCAAGAUCGCCUGCUCGUCGCUCAUCUAUCGCAAGGUGGUGAGGCUGUCGUGCGCCUCGGCGAGUCAGGCGGGCGGCGGCCUCAUCAGCAAUCUGCUGAGCAACGAUCUGGCCAAGUUCGAGGCGUUUGCCCUGCAUCUACAUUACACCUGGAUCAUGCCGUGCGUACUGCUGCUCGUCACUUAUCUCAUCUGGCGUCAGCUCGGGGUCGCGGCUUUUGCCGGUAUACUUUUCAUGGCGAUACAGACCAUACCGACUCAGGUUUAUUGGUACAAGCUGACGGCGAAGCUGCGCUCGAAGGCCGCGACGCGCACCGACAAGCGCGUCAUGCUCAUCGGCGAGAUCGUCAACGGCAUCAGCAUCAUCAAGAUGUACGCCUGGGAGAAGCCCUUCGAGCGUCUCGUGUCGCUGGCUAGAAAGCGGGAGAUCGACGCGCUGCUCAAGCGAUUCUACGUGAAGAGCGUGAAUCUGGCCUGUCCGCUGUUCACGCAUCGGGUCGCGCUGCUCAUCAGCAUCGUCGUCUACAUAUUCCAGGAGCACCAGGUCUCGGCCGACAAGAUAUUCUCCACGGUGCAGUUCUUCGUGCUGGCCAGGACGAUAAUGGCGCGAUUCUUCGCCGAGGCCAUAACGCUGGCGGCCGACGUCAACGUCUCGCUGAAUCGCAUACAAACUUUUUUACUGAUGGAGGAGAGCGAAUCGUCGAGUCCUGCAGUGGCCAGCAGCGGUGGCGGUGGCGUCAGCGGCGACAACAACGAAGACUCGCGCGUCACCAUCGAGAAGGUGAACGCGGCUUGGGAGAAAAAUUCAGUCGGCAACAAUCUCAGCGACAUCGAAUUAUCGGUGCCGGCAAACAAGCUCUACGCCGUGGUAGGAUCGGUCGGCUCGGGAAAGAGCAGCCUGCUGAAGCUGAUCCUGGGCGAGCUGAGCGCCAGGCCGGGCGGGCGCUGCCUCGUGCACGGCCGAGUCGCCUACUGCAGCCAGGAGCCGUGGCUGUUCACGGGGACGAUACGCGACAACGUCCUCUUCAACGAGGCCUAUCAGGCCGCGAGGUACAGGCGAGUGCUGAGGGCCUGCUGCCUCGAGCGCGACCUACGCGAGCUGGCCCACGGCGACCGCACUCUGGUGGGCGAGCGCGGUGUCUCGCUCAGCGGCGGCCAGUGCGCCAGGAUCAAUUUGGCGAGGGCAGUGUACAGAGAUGUCGAUAUAUAUCUGCUCGAUGAUCCUCUGUCCGCAGUUGACGGCCAGGUCGGCAAGCGACUGUUCGACGAGUGCGUGAGGGGCCUGCUGGCCGACAAGACCCGCGUCCUCAUCACCCAUCAGCUGCAGUAUAUCAAAGAGGCCGACAAGAUCAUCUUCAUGAACGACGGCCGAAUAGAGUUUCAAGGCGACUUCGACGAGUUCUCUCGUAACGAGCAGUUCAUGAAGCAUUUGCCUUCGGAGGAGAACGAGGAGGAGGACAACAACGAGAAGAUCGACGAGAAAAAAUUGCAAAAGACAACGUCUUCGAGCGAGAUAGCAGCUAGCACCAUCGACUCCAAGGACUCGACCGCGACGAACGCCAACAACAGCAAAGAUCCCUCGGAGACGCAGGAGCUCAUCGCCAAGGGCAAAGUACCCAAGCGCGUCUAUCUCAAGUACUUCACCGCCGGUGCCUCGUACUUCACCCUGGCGAUUCUGCUGCUGAGCUUCGUCCUUACCCAGCUGUCGGUGAGCGGCUUCGACUACUGGCUCUCCUACUGGACCAAGCAGGAGGAGAAGAAGCUCAAGCUCGACGCCAAUUACACGUACAGCGUGGACGAGUCCGCGACCAGCAGCCAACUGCUGCUCGAGCGGCGCUUCGUCAGCCAGAACGCGGUGCUGUGCGUGUUCUGCGGCCUGCUGGCCGGCAUCGUCCUGCUGGGCAACUUCAAGAACGUGCUGUUCUAUCGGGUGGCGCUGGCCUCGUCGGCGCGCAUACACGCCUCGAUGGUGGCCUGCCUCGUGCGCGCCCCGAGCCGCAUAGUGAAUCGCUUCUCCAAGGACACGGGCUCGGUGGACGAGUACCUGCCCAACAGCAUGCUGGACAUGGUCGAGCGCGUCAUCUACACCGUGGCCAUAUUCGGCCAGAUACUCAUGAUCAAUUGGUGGACGAUCUUUCCGAUAGUGGUGAUGCUGUAUCUGCUGCUGAGGAUCAACGGCGUAUUCCUGUCGACGGUGCAGGCCAUCAAGAGGAUCGAGGGCAAUGCCAAGAGUCCCGUGUUCUCGCUGGUCAACAGCUCUCUCCUGGGCCUCGGCACGAUACGCUCGUGCUCGUCCCAGCGCCUGAUGAUCCGCGAGUUCGACGCGCGCCAGGACCAGCACACCUCGGCCCACAAUCUCGUUCUCGUGGCCAGCUACGCGCUGGGCUUCUAUCUCGACGUCGUCUCCAUCGGUCUGCUGGCCUUCGUCGCCUACAGUCUCGUCUUCGUCUCGGACGAUCCGAACGGCGACAGCGGCGGCGUCACGUACGCCGGCGACGUCGGCCUGGCGCUCACCCAGGUGCUCACCAUCUGCGGCAUGCUGCAGUUCGCCAUGAAGCAGGUGUCCGAGACCAUGGCCCAGAUGAUCAGCGUCGAGCGAAUGCUGCAGUUCACCGAGCUCGAGCAGGAGGGCCCCUACGAGGUCGCGGCUGGCGACUGGCUCGACAAGGCCUGGCCGAGUCACGGCCGCAUCGAGUUCAGGGACGUCUGGCUGAGCUACGGCGACGAGGGCGACGAGGCCAUGCUCAAGGGGCUGAGCUUCGCGGUCGAGGCCAAGGCCAAGAUCGGCAUAGCGGGUCGCACGGGCGCCGGCAAGUCGUCCCUCAUCUCGGCCCUGCUGCGUCUCGCCGGCAAGCUCGACGGCCAGAUACUCGUCGACGGCGUGGACACUCGGCAGGUGGGCCUGCGACUGUUGCGCGAGCGCGUCUCCAUCAUACCGCAGGAGCCGAUCCUGUUCGAGGGCAGUCUGCGGGCGAAUCUCGACCCGGCGGGCCAGCACACGGACGCCGAGCUGUGGUCGGCCCUCGGCGAGGUCGAGCUGCAUCGCGGCUUCGAGUCGCUCGACGCGGCUCUGAUCGAGCGCGGCGGGGCCAAUUUCUCGGCGGGCCAGCGUCAGCUGCUCUGCCUGGCCAGAGCCAUCAUCAAAGGCAACCGGAUCCUGGUGAUGGACGAGGCGACGGCCAACGUCGACCCGGUGACGGACGGCCUGAUACAGCGCACGAUACGCGACAAGUUCAAGGAGUGCACCGUGCUGACGAUCGCCCACCGGCUCAACACGAUCAUCGACUGCGACCGGAUCAUGAUAAUGGACGCGGGCGAGCUGGUGGAGUACGACAGGCCGCAUCUGCUGCUGCAGCGUAACGACGGCUUCUUGGCGACGAUGGUGCACAGGAGCGGCCAGGCCAUGGAGCAGCAUCUCAAGAGGAUAUCCGAGCAGGUUUUCAAUGAUCGAUCAACCGAAGAGCAGAAGCUCGAUAACGAGCAGAAGCAGUAACGAUGAUUUUGCAGAUUUUUCACCACACUGCGAGAAUAAUUACGACACGAAGCAUUUACACAGCAGUCGUCGUGUGCUAGCGUGUAUAUUUACUUCGCAGCGCGACUCGUGUCGAUCGUAUUAUUAUUAUAUAUUUAUUAAAAAUAGGCAAACACAUGUGAUUUAGAUUCUCGCGUAAAUAUAAUUACGCAUGAGCUGCGAGAAUUUUUGUAAAUAAUAUAUAUUAUAUAUAUUUUGAUGAUACAUUUUACUCCAAUGUAUACAAUAUUUGUAUAUGCGACGAUUAUGAAAAGUGUCCUCGAUAGAUAAUGAAUAGAUAACGCGCGUAAUAUUAUGCAAUUGUAAGAAAGUCGAUCGAUCGAUUCGGGCUGCCGAAUCAGCGUAAACUUUCGUUACUUAAAUCAAUUGUUGUAUUUUAUUUUAUUUUAAACCGAUGACUUAUUUUUAUAAUAUAUAAUGCCUAUGCCUGACGCGAUGAAAUUCUUCCAUGUAAGCGAGAAAUUGUUUUCUUCCGAGUUUUAUAAGCAAAAAUAAAUGUUACGAUAGCGUGAACUGGCAAUUAUUGAAUAUAUACUUCUCAUUGGCAAAAUUAAAUAUGAGCUUGCACAUUCGCCGAUAGUCGUGUAAUUAUUUUUAUUUACUAUAAACACGCGGAAAUGUUUAUUGGCUCACCUUGAAAGAGAUCUCGAUCCACGUGUAUUUAUAGUUGUUUUAAUUUUUGAAAUUAUCAAAUGCGAGAGUAGAAAAGUUCAAUAAUACUUGGUACAGUACAUGGAUAAAAAUUAAAUUCAACAACGAUCUAAGAUCGGAAGAAUAAUUUGAUAGAGCUACAUCUUCGUUUCAAACAAGUAGAUCGAAAUAAAUACCCUAUUUGAAUUUAUAAACGCGCAUUAUAUUUCCACACCAUGCAGAUGGUUUUUUAUUAUUUAUAUUAUCAGUUCGUUUUCGUCAUUUUCAAGCGUAAUGUUUGAUACGCAACAGAAAUGAACUUAAAACUGUAAUAUGAUACUGUAUAAAUGAGACUGAUUCAAAAAAAUCUCGGGUCUUCAAAACUAUUUUUGUUACUGUCUGCAUGUCUUCAAUAUCACUGAAAAUAAAGCCUCUGAAAAGUUCAGCUCAUAAUUAAGUCCCUCAAUGAGCAAUUUGAAACAAUCCAUUUUCUGUCUAUACGUUAUUAUUUCGUGUGUUAUAGACAGAAAUACUUUUGAUCAUGUUUCACGCUCGAAUGCAUAGAGAUACAUCGCGCUCUGAGUCGAACACAAUUCAUGCUCAGUCUCGAGCACCGAACACCCUCGGGUUCUGAUGAGUGUGAACUAAUAUUGAAACUUGGAUUCAAUUGCCAUAUUUCGAACACUUAUAAAAAUCGUUCUUGAAAUUUUGAAAAUUUUUAUAAAUGUACCUUUUCAUAGGAAUAAAAUAAACUUUUAAAUGAUUA